AUGCGUGUGCAGUGCGAUGUGUGCGAGCGGCACGCGGCGGUGCUCAUCUGCUGCGCGGACGAGGCGGCGCUAUGCGCGGAGUGCGACCGGCGCGUGCACGCCGCUAACAAAGUGGCGAAGCAGCACCAGCGCGUGCCCAUAGGCCAGCCGGACCCCGCCGAGCGACCCGUGUGCGACAUCUGCCAGGAGAAGCCGGCGUUCUUCUUCUGCGUGGAGGACCGCGCCAUCCUCUGCCGCGCCUGCGACGUCGCCAUCCACCUCCCCAACUCCCUCUCCGCGCGCCAUCGCCGCUUCCUCCUCCCCAACGGCCGGGUGGCGCUCGAAGCGCUUCCCGCAGAUGUCUCCCUUCCGCAGCCCCCCCCCUCUUCUCCCUUCGCCUGCGCCCUUGCCGCGCCCUCUCCGCAUUCCGCUUCCGCCUUUAACCCCGCAGCUGCCUCCGCCCCCCGCCCGCACCCGCUAGCAGCUUCCCUCGCUGCUUCCGCUGCGGCCCCCCUGCCUCGUCCCUCUGUUCCCGCCGCAGCUGUCACGCCUCUUGUCACCCCCAGGCCGCCCGCUUCCCCGCCCUCUCGUUCCGCUUCCGCCGCCGCUGUAGCGGUAGUGCCGUCCUCCCCCACCCCGCCGACGAACAACACGCACGCACAAGCGCGCGCCGCCGCAGCCACUGCAGCCGCUGCGCCCACUGUUCCCGUCGCGGGUAUUGCGGGAGCCGCGCCUGCGUCGUAUCGCAGCAGCCGUAAGGGGAACUCCGCGUUUGCCUCAAACCUCCCCGGGCAAGGAUCGUCGCGGAGGGGCAAGGCGGACUGGGGCUCGUCGCUGGCAACCGCCAAUCACACGGCGCCAGGUCAGCUGCCAGGCCACGUGUACGCGGGCAGCGGCGCCAGCAGCCUGGCCGGACGAUCUCCCGCGGGCUUCGGCGGAAGCGGGGGCGCCUCGGAGUUCUCGUUUCCCGCGCAGGCGGCGAAUGACGCAGCGGAGGGCUUUGAAGGCCCUGGCAAUGGAAGGAUGGGUGCAGGGGCGGAUGCGCUGGCCAGUGGCGCGGAGGGGGCGGGUGCCCCGAGUCACGGGGGAAGGGGAGGUGGGGGAGGGGGGGCAUCGUGGGCAGGGGAAGGAGGGGGAUUUGGUGGCGGCGGAGAGAUGGGAGGCGGCGAGGGCGGGGGGGCGGGGGAGUGCGAGGCGGGGGGGGGCGCGGAUUGGCGCGUGGAGGAGCUGCUGAACAUCCCGGAGCUGGCGGGCGGGUACACGCUGGCGGACGUGGGGUCCUCCAAGGCGGAGGCGCACGACCUGGGCGACUUUGACUGGACGGCGGACCUCAGUCUGUUUGACGAGCAGAUGUACGCCGAGUCGCUGCACGAGGUGCCGCAGAUCGCCCCCUCCACCGCCGCCGCUGCUGCUGGCCCCUUCUCGCCCUUCUCCACCGCCUUCUCUCUCAUGACUGCCACGCCGCCGCUUCCCCCCAUCGCCCCUGCUGCCGCUGCUGCUGGGCAGAGCACUGCUGGAGGUGCUGCUGGUGCUGGUGCGGGGUCAGGGGGCGUGUUUGUGGGAAUGGGGGGGCGUGCAAGGGGAGGAGCAGCGGCAGCGGCUGCAGCGUCCGCCAUGUUGCCGGAUGCGGACGACUGCUUUGUUGUGCCUGAUGUGGCUGCACCUGUGCCCUCUGCACCGCCUGCAAAGCGCCGACGUGGCAUCGUUUGA